GAAGCCCAGCCAGCUGCUUUCCUAAGGCGACUGCGAUGGCAGGGGCCGACGUGGACCCUCUACCGUCCCCAGGACGCGGCGCCAGGGCGGGUGGGGCCCUGGCUGGGCAGCCAGGCAGCUGGAAGGUGACCGUGAGCGGAAGCCACCGUGCAGCCGAGGAGCCGGGCGCUAGGUCAGAGAAGAAGUCAGAAGCAAAAGCAGCCCUGCCGCCCGCCCAGCCGUCAGAUCACAGAGGAGGGCGCUGUCUGGGUCCUAGAGCCCCGGGGGUGGCGGACGAGGGACCGCAGACACCCUCGGGCAGAUCCGGGGUGAAGCCACCACCCAGCCCAGCUGGCACGGGCUCCGUCUGCCAGGCGGCCGCACGCUGGGAGGAAGCCUUGAGCUGUCCCGCCAAGAGCUGGACCGCCAGGCCAGAGGAGGCAGCCGGCCGCCACGCCCCAGCCGAGCGCGGAGCCCUGCAGUGGACAGAAGCACGGCCAGCCUCCCCACGUGGCAGUGAGCGCUCCGUCACGGGAGGAGCACAGAGAGGUCACGCACACCCCCAAGGACACACAGCCGGUGCAGAAGAUCCAUGCAGCCUGCUCCAGAGCCCGGGGCGCCCCACCGUGUGACACGCCUGUCCUAGGGAAACAGGUACAGGUGUCCCUCAGUGUCCCAGGACCUCCCUUGGACACGUCAGGAUGUGCAAGCCCGUGACAUACAAUGGCGUGUGUUCCCAUAGCUUCCGCGGAGCCCGUAUCCUUGAAGUCAAGUCCACAGAUCGUCCCACACCUAAUAGGACGUCCAGGCCCCGCAAGGCCAGCGUAGAUGCCUGGUACCCUGAGUCUGCCGCAGUACGAGCGC